AUGUGCUGCCGAAGACGCCGCGCAGCCCGCCAAGCCUGGCUCGAACAACGCGCCCUCGGAGGAGGUCCCCGAGGCUGCGGUGGCCCCCGCCACUUCGGCCCCGGCCCAGGAGGCCCACCCUUCCGUCCUCCCUGGGCAUCAGGAGGCGGCGGCGGCGGCGGCGGUCCCCCCUUUGGCAGAUGGCGCGCCAUCCCACAAGACAACGUCCCCCAAGACCCCUUCCGAGAUCCUCCAGCCGCUCCUCGCAACGACCCAGCGAUUAGAGACCCGGAAAAGGGCGCCGUUCAGAUGAACGUCAAGGACGUGGAGAAGAGCACGCCUACUCCCCCUGCUUCCGCGCCUACCCCGGCUCCAGAGGGUGAUUCAAAGAGGGUGUCGUUCAUGUCUGGUCCGUUUUCGCGGUGGAGGGAGUCCGUGAGGAGCGGUGGUGGUGGUGAUGAUGUAUACUUCUGGCGUCACGGAGGCGCCGCCAUACUGGAGCGGUGA